CUUGCCUUUGCUGAGCAGCGUUUAAAUACCGCAGCGCGCUUCAGAACUCACCCAGCUCCGACAGAAACGGAAACUCCCUGCUGUCCUGUGAAAGCCGGGGCCAGCCAGCGGCACGGGACUGCUCGCCAAGAAGGAUCUCAGCAUCCAGGAAUGGAGCGCGGGUGCGGGUGGGAGUGAGCGCCCACCCAGGAGCCUGCGAGCCCACGGCGGCGGAUGGAGGGGGCUGGCAGGCCCGCUUCCAAGCGGGUUUUCCAGGGACAGCUGGAGCUGCCGGCAGGGUCAGGAUGUGACAUCACUGACCGGAGAAAAACCCUCGGCCCCGGCUUCUCUAACGAAACCCCCGCGGGCGCUGCAGCGAGGCGGUUCUGCCUGCCGCUGCUGCUGCCGCGGUCCCCAGUCUGCCAACAGUCCCGACAGAGAGCCUGGCUUGGACUUUCUAUCUUUUUAAUUUUUUUUUUUCCUUUUCCUGAAUAAGAGCAGAAAGUGCAGCGGAGGGAUUUGAGACUGGAAGCCGCCGUGCCGGGGAUGAGCUCGCAGGGCUGGAGCUCUCGGUGUUUGGAAUUACGGCUCUGACAAUGGAAUAAUCACCCUUGGGACUGAACCAGAGCUGUUGGACACCGCUGAGGCCAUUGGACACUUCUUUUCAGGGCUCACAGCAAGUUACUGCUAGUAGCAGUGGGAUCUCAGCUCCCGGGAAUGAGGAUUUCCCAAAACAGGCAGUGAUUAGGACUUGGAUGGGCCUCCUGCCCCACCCAGCAGACCACGACAUGAUUUCUAGGAACACGACAGCCCUGAACAUCAAACUCAGCUGAACUUUGCACCAUAAACCUUGGAAGAUCUCCCAUUUUCCAUCUCUUUCCAUGGAUCUGCCCCAAAUACUUGGUCAGUGAUGGAAGAGCACCGGUCAGGUUGGAUGCAUAAAAGUGGAAACUGGGAAAAUCUGAUUGUGCAUUGGCUGAAGCCCUUUCCCACCAGUUAGACUCAGGAUGUGUCCGGGUCCAUUUGCAAAGGAUUUUGCUUUUCUUCCCAGAAAACAGAGACCUCCAUCCCUGAAGACCCCAGCCCUGGGUUUCAUGUUGCUCUGAGCCUCUGCCCUCACCCUGGCUGGCCCUGCCCGCGAUGGCCCUGUGUCUCAAGCAAGUCUUCAACAAAGACAAAACGUUCCGUCCCCGAAAGAAGUUUGAGCCGGGCACGCAGCGCUUUGAGCUGUACAAGAAAGCCCAGGCCUCCCUCAAGUCCGGGCUGGACCUGAAGGCAGUGGUGCAGCUUCCUCCUGGCGAGAGCAUCAACGACUGGAUCGCCGUGCACGUGGUGGACUUCUUCAACCGCAUCAACCUCAUCUACGGCACCAUGUCGGAGUACUGCACCGAGAGGAGCUGCCCCAUCAUGUCCGGGGGGCUCAAGUACGAGUACAGGUGGCAGGAUGACAGCAAGUACAAGAAGCCCACCAAGCUGUCGGCCCCACAGUACAUGUGCAUGCUGAUGGACUGGAUUGAGAUGCUCAUUAACAAUGAGGAUGUCUUCCCCACCAGGAUAGGUGUUCCCUUCCCCAAGCAGUUCCAGCAAGUUUGCACCAAGAUCCUCACCCGCCUCUUCCGUGUCUUUGUCCAUGUCUACAUCCACCACUUUGACAGCAUCAUCAACAUGGGUGCUGAGGCUCACGUCAACACCUGCUACAAGCACUUUUACUAUUUCAUCAGGGAGUUCAGCCUCAUUGACCACAGGGAGCUGGAGCCUUUGAAAGAAAUGACAGAACGAAUUUGCCACUGAAGAUUUCUGGCAGACGAACUCAGCUGGCUCACUCAGAGUCCAGUGGGACAAGAUGCCCUGUGGUGGGAGACCUCUUCCCUAGGACUUGCUCUGGGCAUUCCAGCUCACUGACCUAUGAACACUGCAGAAGUGCUCUUCAGGCCAUGAGAGUGAAUUCUAAGUUUUCCAAGAACCUCUGAACAGAUAUUUCUUCUUUUAAUGGAUCCCAAUCUCUGUUGUAUGGUUCCUGUUUCAGAAAGCCACUGAUGUACUGGAGAAUGAGGAAAGUCUGGUUUACUUUUGCACACUCUGAUUUCUAAGACUCAAUCUGAUAUCUUGUUUUGUCCUCAGCUAUAUUGAUCUCCAAAUAUUUCAUUAUGGAUUCCUGCCCUGUGAGCAGGUGUGUCCUUGGCUACCAGGUGUUACCUUUUCCACAGGCAGUGGGUUUGUGGAAACACCUGAGAUCAGCCCUGCAAAGCAGGUGGCAUUUCAUCCCACUGCCUUCACAGGGUUAGUUGUUGAUUGCUGGUUUUAAUCAUGAGCUGUGACUGUCUCCUUCUGCCCUAAUUCAUGCUUUACCAAAGGGACCAUUUUUCCCUUUAAGGGAUUUUUCACAUUUGGAAGAGGGGACUUGAUGAUGUUCUAAGAUGCAUCUAAUACUGCUUGGACUAAUGGCAAGUUGCCCCAUGACCAAGGAGCUGAACUAGGUCACUGUUCAGUGUGAUCAGCACACACUACCUGAGAAAGUCUCAAAAACUGGUGAAAAGAAACUCUUGCCAGAAAAAAACCAUUUUCAACACAUCAGCAUUUCCUGAGGUGUUGUCUUGGCUCAAGAUGGACAAAUGCUGGUUGUAGAAACUGUUGGUUUUCCAUAACCCAACCUUACAGAAGGUGAAGAAGGACUCAUAAGAGACAUCUCCUCUACUCUGUCCUUGAGGUUCCCUUCCAACCCAAUAUUCUGUGAUUCUUAAAUCUUUUUGACCAUCUGCAAGCAUACUAUUGCUUCCUGGUCUGUGCCAUUACUCCCCUGAAAGGUAUAAUGUCUCAACAUUUCCCCCCCUUCUGCUUGAAGUGUCUGAUAAUUAGUGUUGUGUUCCCUGUGCCAUUUUAAUUUUGACAAAAAUAUUUCUAUUUUUCCUUUUUUGUUGUUUUGGGGGAGUGAAAAUCAAUUUGUCUGAGCCACAGAAUUGUUAUGUUUGUGUUUCGUCUUCUUUUUCUGGGAAAGUUUUCUAUAUCUGACACAGAUAAUAUUUAUAGUCUGGGGUUUGCCCACUUUUGGGGUAGGGAGGGGAUGUGGCUAGAAAAUGUAAAUGUUUAGGCCAACAUUAAAGCGUACAAGUGAAUUUUUAGUGCUCAAAGCACUUAUUUUGUUGUGAAAAUAUUUUUUUAAAUCUUGUGUACCAGAUGAAUAUUUUUACAUGGUAAUAAAACAGAGCAAAAUGGACACAAAACCACCUGAUGCAUCAUUCCAACAUUCUCUGUGUAAAAUAAUCAAAGUCCAAACAUAUUUGUUCUGUUACUAAUUAAAGAAACAUUAAUAAGCCUGCUGUACUUGAUUCUUCGCUGAUCCCUCUGUAUUAAACAGGCCUAAUAAAGAAGGGUAACUUGAAGAGUGGUUUUCCCCUGGGAGCUGCAGCACUGAUGGAUCUCAGUGCCACGCUGAGACCCCAGCUUGCAUCUCAGAGAGCAGCUUAACUGAGGCCAGUGCUGCUGGCCAGCAUCCUCCCCCUGCAGGCUCUGCACCAGAAUUCCCCUGAAGGCAUUUUCCCAGCAAUUCAUGGUGGUGAGCUUCACUCGCUAUUUUCUGUAAAUUCUG